AUGAUUAUAAGUAAAAAGUUUUGGGAGGAAGAAAAAGAAGCACCCAUAUUAAACAGAAAUGGAAAUUAUGUUAAUGAAGAAAAUAGUGAACAUAUUUGUAAACGUGUAGAACAUUUUUAUGAGAUAAUGUUAAGUUAUAUAAAAGAAGAUAUAAGUGUGGAUUUAAAGGAGGAUUGCGAUGAUAAAGAAAUUUUAAGAAUAAUUCAAUUGGAUGCUGUGAGAACUUUUAAUAGUGAAGAAAAUAGAAAAUUACUAAUAAAAGUUCUACAAUCUAUAUAUCCAAUUACAAAAGAUUAUCAUCAAGGAGUAUCAUUUAUUUCCUCGUUUUUACUACUUUUUCUAGAACCAAAAGAAGUUGUAAAAAUUAUUGUAGGUUUACAUAAAUAUUACUUGUCAGGUUAUUUUAAAGCUAUGCCUAAAGCUUAUGUAAGAGACUCUCGUGUUUUUUUAAAUAUCUUAAAACAUUUUCAUCCUAAUUUAUAUGAACACAUUAAAAAUUUAAUUACACCAGAAGCAUUUGUUUCUAAAUGGUUUAUUGGUUUAAAUGUUCAUGUGCUAACAUUUGAAUCUCUACUUUUAUUUUUUGAACAUUUAUUAAAAGAAGGAGAAAUAUUUCUAUUUAAAUAUAGUAUUGGUUUAUGUAGAGCUUUAGAACAUGAACUUAUGAGUACAGAUGAUGUUUCAAGGAUUCUUGCACUAUUGCGAUUAGAUAAAAAAAUAUUUCCAAAUGAUUAUAAAGAAUCUGACAAUCAGGAAAUAGGAGAAUUUUUUAUGAAUAUAAUAUAUAAUUCUUUAAAAGUUGACAUGACUGGUAUUAAUUUAGAUAAACUUAGAGAAGAAGCUUCUGAGCAAAUGAGAAUUGAAGAAGAAAGAAGAAAACAAUUUGAAAUGGAACGAGAUUUAACAGAUGAUGAAAUUAUCUUCUCAGAUGAAGAAAAUGAUUCACAAAAUGAUUCACAAAGUGAUUCACAAAAUGAUUCACAAAAUGAUUCACAAAAUGAUUCACAAAGUGAUUCAUAA